AUGUGGCACUGUGUGGUGAAACGGGAUCUAACCGUGGGACAUACCUGGCUGUGGUGGGAGUCUGAGACAGAGUCUCACAGCGAGUCAGAGAAGAACAGUGACUUCCAGUCUCUUCGUAGCUGGGAUUCAAGCUUGGAUCUGGACAUGGGGAGCUGGCGGAAUACUGAAGAGGUGGCCAUGGGGAAGCUAGAGGAGAGCAGCCAAGAGGCAGACCAUGAGCUGGAGUUCAGUGAGCCUCUCUGGGAGGAUGAUAGUGAAGACUACCAAAAGGCAGAGAGGCCACGUGAAGAUGGCCUUCUCCAGUUCUUCUCAGAGGUAACCCAGAUGAUGGCACCUCUCCGCAUUAGCAGUGCAGAAUCAUCACGGGCUCAGUGGGAUCACUGUGGCUCUGGGAAGCAGUGUGAUGGGGAAGAUGUGAGUUGCCAGGAAAAGACCACAGGAACAACAGUCUCAGGAGCAGAGGAAAGUCAACUACACAUCCUGGCAGAAGAUGAGAAAUGCUUACCAGGAAGAGAGGACAAGACUCAAGAGACCUCUGGAGAACAAGUUUUGGGUGAGCCACGUCCACAGGAGAUGAGUGAUCAGGCCCAGGAUCAAGAUGAUAGUGAUAACACCUCUGCAGCCCCUGUGCUGGACUCCACUAGCCCUGCUGACACACAGCUGAUGCAGCUGAGCUGGGAGAACCCCCUGCAGCAUCUGCUCUUCAAAAGAACUCUCCUGUCCAUCUGGAAGAUGAUAGCCAGUCACAGGUACAGCAGCCCGUUCCUGAAGGCAGUGUCAGAGAAGCAAGCUCCUGGCUACAGGGAUGUGGUAAAGAGGCCCAUGGAUUUAACCAGCAUAAAGAGAAAACUGUCAAAGGGACAUAUUCAGUCCAUGGUCCAGUUCCAGCGUGACCUGAUGCUCAUGUUCCAGAAUGCGGUGAUGUACAACAGCUUCAACCACCACGUGCACCACAUGGCCAUGGAGAUGCAGCGAGAGGUCUUGGAGCAGCUGCAGAUGCUGGGUGAAGCGCUCCUGUGCUCAAAGGACAGGCUGGGGUGGGGGAGAAGGUAA